AUGGCCCAGAAAUACGCCAAAGACCAGCCCGCGGGCUUCACCAACCGCAUCACCCGCGUCGCCAUCGUCGGCGCCAGCGGCCAGGUAGGCCGCUACCUCACCGCAGCGCUGCUCUCCACGGGCCAGCACACCGUCACGGCCAUCACCCGCGUCGACAGCAAGUCCUCGCCCCCACCUGCGGGCGUGCAUGUCGCCAAGGUCGACUACUACAACGAGGAGUCCCUGGUCGACGCCCUCCGCGGGCAGCAGUUCCUCAUCAUCUCCAUGUCCGUCACCGCGCCGCGCGACUCCCAGGACAAGAUCAUCAAGGCCGCGGCCAAGGCCGGCGUCGCCUGGGUCAUGCCCAACUGCUACGGCACCGACAUCCGCAACGCGAAGCUCAAGGAGGAGAACCUCACCGGCCCCGCCGUGCUGGGCGGCAUCGUGGCCAUAGAGAAGGCGGGCGUCAGCUCUUGGGUCGCCAUGUGCUGCUCCUUCUGGUACGAGUUCUCCCUGUCCAUGGGCCCCGGCUGGUACGGCUUCGACUUUGCCAACAGGAAGGUCACCUUUACCGACGACGGCAAGACGCGCAUCAACACGAGCACCUGGGAGCAGUGCGGCCGCGCCGUCAAGGCCCUCCUCAGCCUCAAGGAGCUGCCAGACGAUGAGAACGACACGUCCCCCACGUUGUCCACCUGGCGCAACCAGCCGCUCUACAUCUCCAGCUUCCUCGUCUCCCAGCGAGACAUGCUUGACAGCGUGAACCGCGUCAUGGGCACAACCGACGCUGACUGGGAGAUUGAACACGAAGAGCACACCGCGCGCUACGCCCGCGGCAUGGACAUGUUCAAGAAGGGCUCUCACCUUGGUUUCGGAAUCUGCCUCUACACCCGGACCUUCUUCCCCAACGGCGAUGGCAACUUUGAGGCCAAGUACGGUCUGGCAAACGAUGCCCUGGGCCUGCCAAAGGAGGAUUUGGACCAGGCGACUAAGCGCGCCGUGGACAUUAUCAAGGGAGGGUUUGAGCGAAAGGCAGUUGAUGUCACCAUGUACAAAUAG